UCCUCGCUGUCUGUAUCGAUGAAGUUGUUUCAAAGAUGGCGGAUUUCCUGCCGUCCCGCUCCGUCUUAUCUGUAUGUUUCCCCAACUGUCUCCUCACAAGUGGCGAGGCAGAACAGUUGCGGAUAUCUAAAGAAAUAGAUAAGUGUAUUAAUCGAAGCAAGACUUAUGUAAAAAGGCUAGUAAAGAUCUUAUUGCUUGGAGCAGGCGAGAGCGGAAAGUCCACUUUCCUCAAGCAGAUGCGCAUUAUCCAUGGGCAGGACUUCGAUCAGAAGGCAAAAGAAGAAUUCAAAGCCACGAUUUUUAGUAAUGUUAUAAAAGGUAUUAGAGUUUUGGUGGAUGCCCGAGAAAAGCUACACAUCCCAUGGGGCAACCCAUCCAACCAGCGGCAUGGGGACACCAUGAUGGCGUUCGACACCCGGUCAGCAAUGGCUCAUGGCCAUGGCAUGGUGGAGCAAAAAGUUUUCCAGCAUUACCUGCCAUCCAUUCGGGCCCUGUGGGCUGACGAAGGCAUCCAGAAUGCCUACGACCGCCGCCGAGAGUUCCAGUUGGGGGAGUCGGUCAAGUAUUUCCUGGACAAUUUGGAAAAGCUUGGACUAUCGGACUACCUCCCCAGCCAACAGGAUAUCCUCCUGGCCAGAAAGCCCACAAAAGGCAUUCAUGAGUAUGACUUUGAGAUCAAGAACGUUCCCUUUAAGAUGGUGGACGUUGGCGGUCAGCGCUCUGAGAGGCGGCGUUGGUUCGAAUGCUUCGACUCAGUAACUUCCAUCCUCUUUCUCGUGUCCUCCUCUGAAUAUGACCAGGUGCUGAUGGAGGACCGGCUGACCAACCGGCUUAGCGAGUCCCUCAACAUCUUCGAGACUAUUGUCAACAACCGGGUGUUCAGCAAUGUCUCCAUCAUCCUUUUCCUGAACAAAACAGACCUGCUGGAGGAGAAGGUGAAGCAGGUAUCCAUCAAAGACUACUUCCCAGAGUUCUCAGGAGACCCAAGGAGCCUGACAGACGUCCAGCGCUUCCUGGUGGAAUGCUUUCGCAAAAAGCGCCGCGAGCAGCAGCAGAAGCCGCUGUAUCACCACUUCACCACAGCCAUCAACACUGAGAACAUCCGGCUGGUGUUCCGCGAUGUCAAGGACACCAUCCUGCACGAUAACCUCAAGCAGCUAAUGCUACAGUGAGGGGACCUACACGGAGGAGGAUGUGUGGUGGGUGGAGGAGAAGUGGGUGUCAUGGUGCCUUUCUUAACACACAAACACCCCAGCCUGUAGGAGGAACACAGUUACCCUCCACCCAACCAUCUUCCUUCCCUUUUGACUUUUACUUGCUCUUUAUUUUUGAACUUUGACAAUGUAUUGAACCCACCACUACUACCGCCAUUCCCCACACACCUGCUCUCUGCCUUACUGAGCUUGUUCAUUGUGACUUAUGACAGGGGCCUUCGGCACAGACCCCAAACCAUCCUUUGAAACCACUGUAAAUGACUUCUAACCCCCACUCUCUCCCCCCUGUCCACACGCUACAGAUGACCCCCUCAAACUUCUUUAAUUAUAUUUACCCCGUCUGUGUUGUUCUAAAUCAAACCCACACACCUUUUUGUCUUUGCUGCUCUGACCACUGUUGAGGAGAGGGGGAGGGGCUUGUGUUAUUGUUGUCAAGUCGUUACUGUGUAGCCUUCAAGGCCGCCUGCAGAUGCCGGUGACACCAGCGACUGUUGCCAGGUAUUGCCUUUUUUUAUUCUUGCUUCUUUUGUUUUGUCUCUAGUUUCUGCCCUCGACUGACGCCUGGUGAUGACAUCACUGGGCUGGGGGUGGAGAUUUCCUCUAGAGGCAGUGGAACAGGAAAGAACAGUGCUAACACACACACACACACACACACACACACACACACACACACACACACACACACACACACACACUCACAAAUAGGAAUUCCUGUUCCCAAGUCCACUUAAUUCUAGUUUUCUAAUAAUUUUGUUCCUUUUUCUAAUAUAUGAAUAUACUGUACGUACCUAUGCAUUUUUCUUUAACUUAUAUUUUAUAGGGGUUUACACUUUGAGGAUUUGUGACUAGUGAUGAACUCAGUUAAUUACAGGUGGUGGGGUAAGAGACCACAGACACAAACACAUGGAUCACCUGUAGAAAUGAAACUCCAUGUUAUAAGGCCAGCUAGUGCAGUUAGUUACUUUCUCAGGCACAUCGUGAACCACUGUGUGCCAACUAGAACUCACGUGCCUCAGCCCUUCCUCAUGAAUCAAAAGUCAGACUGUACAGUGGCCUGUGUUCCUGCAUUUCAGUGAUACAUAGAACUUUGGAGGGAAUUGUGGAAAUGGAUUUAAAAAAGGAAUCAACUUAAGAAGAACGGUGGAAUUCAUCUCUAGCAGUUACAUUUCAAGCAGAGCAAUAUCUGAAAGUCUACUUGGAGUCAGGAGAAGAAAAAGGAUGGAAUGUGAAGGUUUACAUCUAUUGAACGUUUUUUUUUAAAAGUGCAAUUUUGAAUUAAACCAAAUUCAUUAAUAUUUCUUAAAUUUUAAUACUUAUUUAAUUGUGCAAAUGAAUUCCCCUCUUGCCUCAACCUUUUUUCCACCUGCUAUUCAAAUCUCAUCUUUUUCUAAAGAACUAUCCGGAAGAUACUCUCCGAAUUUUAAAGUGAUAUUUAUUAGACAAGUUAUAUCAAAUUCCAUGCUCAAACCAUGGUUAGAUUUCAAUGUAUACAAGGGUCAAAGCAUCCAGCUAACUGAAUACACCCUUCUGAACUGAGUAACAGCUUCUAGGCGCCACGUCCAACCAUCAGGUCCACUACUGUAGGUGCUUUAGUCCCUGACUCUUAAAGCCCCGACCUCCACAGACCAAAAAUGAUGUUUUUCCAUGACAAAAAGCAUACCUGCUGCCAAUCUUUUUGAGAAAUUCAUGCUUUGUUUUUCCGUGUACAUCAGUCUAGAUACACACCACGUCUUUGUGGCUUUGGUAGGCUUUAAUUGAACAUCCUUUUAUGUCGCUUGCUGUGCAACAUCUAUUAACAUAGGCGACAAAAAUGAAGCCAAAAAUCAAAACAGUAAUCUUGUUUUGGGAAAGAAGAGUAGCAAUGAAAAGUAGCUAUUUCCCUCAACAUUUAGGUAGUUGGCUUUUUCAUGUCCACUUUUUCAGUAUUGAGAACAGUCAUUAAAAGCAGUGUGGUCACAGAAAAAACCUGAACUUUGGAUAUGUUAACAUAUAUCCAAAGUUACACACUAGGGUAAUCCAUUUCUCUUUUAAAAAAUAUGUGAGGUCAAUAUAUUAAAAAAACAACAAUAGAGGUUUCAGGUGAAAUUAAAUUUUAAAGGUACUGCGAGGAUGUAGCCUGUAAAAUGUGUCUUUGGUUGUAAAAAUCCCUCCAGUAAAAUCGUCUUAUAGCCACUAUGUUGGAAAUGUUCUGAUGGUUGUACAAAGUGAAUGUUAUCCAAUUCAAAAUGAAGCCCUGUGAAUUCUCACAUUCAAACCCCCCUGGAUUCAUCUCCACAUCGCAGACGUAGAAAGCGGGAAUACUGUUUUUCUUUUUCUUUGAAUCAUGCUUCUUUUCUAAAUGGUACCACUGAAUGCUUUCCAUCUCUCCCUUCUAUGCGUUCUAAUUGAAAAAAGGGAUAAAGCCAACCUGUAUGUCACAGUUACAUCUUUUGAGUUUUGUCUACUGGCCACCCUUAUUGAUACUUUCACGUUUUGUACAGAUGUGUGUCCCCUUAACUCCUUCUCAGUUGUCUGAUAUGUAUCAGUAUGUAUCUCUCACACCAAGCCUUCUCUAGUUUCUAACAGCUGAUAUAACCUCCCAUGCACAUUUGUAUAUAUGACCAUGAGUGUUAUAUUUUAUUUUACUUCAUUUUUUUUUUUCUUUAGAUGGUGUUUAUUUAAGCAAAAGCAGCCGUCUGCGGGCCUGCCCCUGUCCCAUUCCUCAGCGUUCUUCUGAUUUGCUGAACAUGUGCCACAGUAGACAACAGGCCCCAUUGGUCCAUGCUGAUCAUUUCAGCAAAAGUUGAUGUUGAAGGCAAUAAUUAAAUGUCAAAAACAAGUUAAAAAGAUUGGUAGUUGGUCUUUGAUUGAGCUGCUUAAUAUUCUUGAUAUUUAGCAAAAUGAAUAGAAAAAGAUUCACUGACAUCUAUUUGCAGCAGCAAGGAUGCUCUGUUUUUUGUUUUUUUUCUUACAAUUUGUAUAUAUGGUUUUUAUUGUCAAUUCAGUUUAUCAGUCUAAGACUGAAUGGCUUCAGUAUGCCCUAGUUACUACUGACCAAGCAAUUUAUUUUCCCAAAGCAUAGCACCAUGGUGUACUAAGUUGUCAUAGAUACUGUAGGACUACAAUUAUAUAUAAGCUGAAACAUUGUCAAUAUUUUAUACAGCAAACUUAAUAAGUGGACCUGUCACAUAGAACUGCCCCCAACCCCCUCACAUGAUUAGUUGCUCCUUUAUUUUAGUUGCAUAAAUCAUAUGUCUUGUAUCUUCCUGUUUUGUUCAGAAUCAGCUUCCGACCAGAAAUAACUGCUUUUGACGUUAGUUUGAAAUGACUGUGAACAACGUCUUGAUAGACAAAGACAUUUUUUUCUUUUCUGUCCAUGUAGCUGCAUGAGUGUAGUGCUUCCUGUCCCCUAAACCAACAAAGAUCUUACUUUCACUCGUAAUGAAUGUAAGCAUGCAGCGGUUAACUGAUUUUAGUUUGAAUGUUCCCAACUCUAAAAGAGGAAGUUGACGAAUAGGGCUGUCUACCAAAAGCUCUGUGAAUUCCUCUGACUGUGCAGUGCCAGUCAGCAUGAUUCCCCCUCCGUCAUCCAGCCUGCAUCUAGAUGAAGCAGCCUGUGUGUUUGUGUGUGUGUGAGAGAGAGAGAGAGAGAGACAAAUACACAGUGUCUUGUCUGCUCGGGGAGCCCGAAGUGAAACCAAGCAGAAGCCUCUUUGUCUAAAAUCUGACAGUUGUCAUGUCUUCUCUUUGGCCUGUACACGCACUAACCCUAACACACCAUGAAGUCAUAGCAGAACCUAAACUCUGAAAUACUCUUUGUCCACACUAAACAAACUUGCCUUGAUUUUUGGAGAAUAGACAAUAAAUUGUAAUUUAUUGAGCAUCAGCAGAUGAGUGAACAAUGGAGUCGAACAUACUGAUAUACUCUGUGAGCGCUAAAUGGAACGUCCAUACUAUAACCAUAUUGUCUCAACAGGGUGCAACAUUAUGAAAAGAAUAAACUCAAAUUCUUCUUUUUGGUUUAAAGAAAGGAAAUCAUUUUCAUCAUUAGAGACCUGAACUAAUGUCUUAUUCCAAGUCAGACCUCCAAUCUUAACACAAAUGUAGGAUGUGCGGUUAUAAUCUAAUAAUUCUCUUGUCAAUGUAAGCAAAAAUAUCUUCUGAAGCUUAUGGUGCGCUAGUUGUCCAUUAUGUUUGUGCACUAAAAAUAUUAGAGCCCGACCCAUUAAUCGGGCUGCCGACAACUUUGUUUGACAGAUGUCAGAUCAAAGAUAGAACCAAGAAAGAUCUCGGCCAAUGUAUCAGUAUACGAUUAUUUAAAUCCCUAAUAUCAACAUCGGUCCCAAGAAAUGUCAUAUCGGUCGGGCCCUUACAAGGUUAUGAAAUGUUUUAAACAAGGGAGGCGUUCUUAAUUAAUUUCUUGAUUUAAGAUCUCAUACUCAAAUUUUCACCAUAUUGCUUAUGUUGUCAUGGACACAAGCAGUGACAAUCCUUCUCCUUUUCUUAAUAAAUUGUUAUUAAUCCACUUUAAUCCAUUUUUUUUUUUAAAUUGACGACUUAUUCCUGCCGAUGGUCAUUCUGCCUCUCACGUCAGAAUCAAUAUACUGCAAGUUUACAUUUAUUAGAUUUAACAAUAAUUGAACAAAUAAUGGUGUCCAAAGCUGGUUCUUGAGAACUCAUACUCGCCCUUAGUUUGUACACAGCCCUGUGUCCUCUUGAUAGAAAAUAAACAAAGGGCUCAGACCAAGCCACACCACUGAUCUGACAAACAGGAACAGUGAGCAUUCAUGCACUGUCCUCUAACCUUUUACAUCAUCAUUUAAAAGAAUGGGGUUACACCAUGAUAGGGAUUAAAAUUACUUCCAGUAUUAAGGUCAACUUACCUUCAGGCUAUGACGUGUCAAUCAGGAGAGACUUCAUGAGUGAAAAAUUAUUUAUUUGGCUCGUGCAUAAUGAGCAUGAGAAAUGGCCAAGUGUUUGACGAUUAGACCCUGUCAAAGUGUCUCUGUGUGUUUUUGAGGGGAUUGUGAGGCUGAGAGCAAGAUGGGAUACAUCCUGACUGGGUCUGGUGGAGGAAUGAGGUAGCAUGUGAUGUGGAGCUCAAACUGGAUCACAGAAAUUAGAGGUGAAUUAGAUGGAGGAGGGUCGUAACAUUUACACUGAGAUCACAACUGAGAGCAGCAGAGAAGAAAACAGAUUUCAUGUUCGACAGCUGCAGAGUGAUUAGCUAGUGUAGAAAGUGGCACAAUUUGGUUGAUCAAUGCUGAAGGAGUAAACACCCAUGAUCUGCUGAUUGAAGAAAUACAUUUCUUUAAAGAGGGAUGGAGAGUGGUUUGGUACGAGGCAUGAAGAGUCUUCCUGCUAGAACUGAUGCUGAGCUUCAGUAUGGAAUAUUGACUCCUCAACUAGGACCCUUCUGUAAGACCUAAAAUAAAAUGUGAUGUUUUCAAUGUGUUUAUGAAACAUCUCUGUGUGAUACUAGAAAUCCUGAAUGCCAUCCUAAACUGACAUAAAGUAAUGUUUUUGAUAAGGAAGCUUCUGUAAUAACGCCCCAGGACUUAACCGUCAUUCUUUCAGUCCAGUUAGAGUCCACAAAACAUUCACACCCACAUUUUUCCAAAGCACUUGUUUUCUGGUAUUUUCCCUUAUAUCAUGAAUGCAGAGUUUUUUUAGGUGGUUAUGUCGGGAAUUAGGAAGAAAUCAAUUCUGUGAUUUAUCAAAAAUACUGAACUAUUUUCACCGCGCCUGUUUUAAAACCCUCUGAAUUGUAUGUGUAAAUACAAUGAUUAAACAUAUGCCUACCAGUAUUUUGGCUUUCUCAGCUACAUGUCCACAGUCUAAUUGGGGAAUCCACCCUGUUGCAAAAUAACUGAAAAUGCCCCUGAAUCUCCUCCAAUCACAGAUGAAGUCCUUAUAAGAAGUUUAGUAGUCCGAACCUCAGACUUCUUAGAGAAAUCACAUCUCUUACUUCAUUUUUCAUGUGACCCUAUAAAGGACUGUACUCUGCUGCUUUACAUACUUUUAAGCCUGAAGUAUGCCUUAGAAAGCAAGUUUGCACCAUUUGUAAAGGGACAGGAUAUUUCAUAUUGGAAUGCAAAAGGGGGUAAAUCUGUCUCUGUAGACCUUUGCAGUAUUCACACCUUCUCCAUCAUCCCAACAUAACAAUUUGAACAUGGCUUUUUACAGAGGCGAUUUGACUGACUUGCAUAUUGAGAUUCCAUACCAGACCAAAGCUUUGAUCUUGACAUACAGGACACAUUUUACAAAAUGAUGCUAGUUUCUUUGUGAUGAGUGACUGUUACUGUUUUAUGAGUCAGUGUUGUCAAAUCUGCAUCCCAGCUCCUACACAGAUUUGUCACUAGUUCACAAGGGGGAACCCAAGAUACAGAGUUCUUGUGACAGGUCCCAUGUGAUGAGCCAUCAGUCCUUUUGAUCUGGGAAUAAGAAAGGAUUGGCCUUGUUUGGUUUUCUACCCUUAAAGCUCAAUGUCAAGCAGUGUUUUUCUCAUGAUAAACUACAUUCUCAUUGUUUCUGAGACUCUGCCUUAAAUAAGCCUUCUAACAUCUCUGUGAUACAGGUUUUGUACACUGCUAUUGUGUCUGUUCUGUGAAUCUGUCAUGACUGUAACAGUGUGUAUCCAAUACUGGCAUUGUGUUGUCCUUGGUAAGAAUUGGAAGUAGCUGUAAAGUGAAUACUUGUCCAAGGAAACCAGUGUAACCUUAUGUAGUUGAAACUAUGCAACAGCAUUGUCCACAGCCAUCACUUUGUCUAAUGUUGUGUUUAAAAUAAUCAUGAUUGACUGAAUGAUGAUUCUCUUAACGCCAAUGUCUUAUUGAAAUGAUACUUUCUUCAAAUCAGGAAAAAAACUGCAGCUGCUGCAAAGAUGUUCUGAUGUUUAGUGCCUCUUAUUCUAUGCUCUAAACUCUACUUUCCAGCAAGUUUUAUACUGUGUUGUGGGUUUUUGGAAAUAUGCCACAUACAGAAUUUGAUGUCAUCAUAUAAAUUAAUUUUCUUUUACAUUUUGUUUUUCAGACAUUCAAGCUUUCAAUGUACAGUCUAACUUAUGCUGUUUGUCCUCUAAUCUCAAAAACAAAUACAGUUGGAAAAAAAGG